AUGAACGACAGCGCUCUCGUGGAAUUGGGCUCCAUCGUGGUGACGCAGCCGAGCAGGGGGCCCUGUCAGGUGAGCCACCCCGCGGAGUUCCUGCUCCUCCCGCUGGUCUACACCGCCGUGUUCCACCUGGGGUUGCCGGGCAACCUGAUGGCGCUGCUGGUGUUCUGCAGCCGAGGGACGCACGUGAACAGAGCCAUGAAGAUCUACCUGGUCAACCUGAGCGUGGCAGACGUGGCCUUCAACCUGACGCUGCCCCUGUGGAUCCACUACUACUUCAACCGCGGCCACUGGGUCUUCACGGAGCUGGGCUGCAGGCUGGCCGGGUCUCUCUACUACCUGUCCACCUACAGCGCCAUCACCUUCAUGACCCUCAUCAGCGUCAACCGAUUCCUCACAGUCACCGCGAGUCGGGGCCAGCUGUUCCUGGUGACCAAGAGAGGGGCUGGCUGGACCAGCCUCUGCGUCUGGGCCUUCUGGCUCUGCUGCUCCAUCCCCUCCCUCUCCGCGGAUCAGACCUUCGAGACGGACCGCGGGGUCAUCACGUGCUUCGAGAUGUUCUCCCAGGACCGGACCUAUGCCUUCCUGGCCUGUCUCUUCUUCCUGUCCUCCUUCCUCACGGUCCUGGGCAGCUACCUCUCCAUCCUCCGCACACUCGCAGCCCCAGGAGCCCCCGGGGCCCCCUUCCGAGGGCCACACCGGCGGCUGGCCAGGUCCAUUGUCCUGGGCAUGCUGCUGGUUUUCGUGGUCUGCGUGGCCCCCUACCACGUGACGCUGAUCGCCUGGGUGUUCAGAAAGACGUCGGUUUUCAGCUGCGCCCCUCCAUCCCUGGUGGACGUUGUGCACAGAGUGAGCACGGCCCUGCUGAGCGUGAACAGCUGCAUCGACCCACUCAUCUACUGCUUCUCUCUGCAGCACUUCCGAGCCCAGCUCCGAGGGCUGUGGAUGGCGUCCGGGCCGUGCCUCUGCAGGCAGACUCCCAGGCAGGCAGACUCCAGCAGCUCCAGCAGCAAGGGGCUUGCCGAACCGCAGCGACAGUAA